AUGUCCGCCUCCUCUGGGCCGAGUCGCUUGGAUGCACGCCCACCACAUACUGAAAACCAGGCACAUCCCGAUAUAACACUGAGCGGCCAAGAGUGGGAUGAUCAUGAGAAACGGACGAUGACAGAUAAUCGAUUUAAUGGCGGUCCUUUGACCGCAACAACACAAGGGAGCGAUGGGGUGCAGAUUUCAGUCGGCCAACGGAUGAUGUCGGCUACCUGGGGCAGCAUCCUCACCUCGCUUUUGGUAACACCCCUUGACGUCGUGCGAGUCCGACUACAGUCGCAAACAUCGAGCAUCAAUAAUACGUCCAAAUUCACGGCGUACACAACGCCCGCAUUCAAGGAACUGCCAGCAAACAUCGGUGUCACGGCAUGCUGCCGAGAGGUCUUUUGGGUGGGAAACACGUCGGAUAUGUGUCUAGUUGGAAAUGGCGCAGUCAGUCGAACUACGGCCAUCGAUUGCGCUGUUGAAGAGACACGACAGAAAACUUUUACCUCGACAUUUGAUGGAAUGCGAAAGAUUGCUCGAAACGAAGGGUUCACGACGCUCUGGCGCGGACUCAGCCCAACGCUUCUGAUGGCAGUCCCCGGAAACGUGAUUUAUCUAGCAGGAUACGAAUGGUUGCGAGGAGAUCCUCAAAGUCCACUUCCACGCCUUUUCAGCGACACCUAUGUGCCAUUGGUGGCUGGCAGUAUGGCGCGGAUUGCCGCAGCGUCUAUGAUCAGUCCAGUUGAGAUGUUUCGCACACGACUACAAGCAACACCAGGAACUGGGACGACCCAUUUCCGUGAUACGCUGCAGAGUCUUCGCCAGAUGACUGUGACUCGGGGCUACACCUCGCUCUGGCGGGGAUUUACUCUGACCAUGUGGCGAGAUGUCCCCUUUUCGGGGCUGUAUUGGUGGGGGUAUGAAGCCAUACGGAAUGUGCUGACGGACCUUCGCCAGAUGCGCGGUAGUCACAGCGAGGAAACGAGAGACACGAGAGAUACGAGAAGCCGACGCUUUUCCCAGUCGCAUCAGAGCUCGUCUACAACGUUUAUUGACAGUUUUAUCGCGGGAUCUGUGUCCGGCGCCGCAGCAGCCUUGGUGACGACGCCCUUUGAUGUUGGCAAAACGCGACAGCAAGUAUUCCGACACAGUGGCGAUGAUAUGUUUACCGCGGGGAAGACGCUGGCAACAUCAGAGUUACGGCCAGAGCAGUUGUCAAUGCCACGGUUCCUUCUUCACAUCUUUCGACAUGAAGGGCUUGGCGGGCUGUUCAGGGGAUGGGUGGCACGUUGCAUGAAGGUAGCGCCGGGGUGUGCCAUUAUGAUUUCGAGCUAUGAGAUUGGCAAGAAGAUGGCACAGGGGGUGAAUAACCGCAAAAUGCUUGACGGUGAACGGAUUUAA